AUGGAUGUCCCCCAUUUUUCUAUGUACCUCGAGAUUGAGGGAAGGGGAGAAAGUGCUGUGGGGCACCUGGGGGUGAUGAGAAGUCUGCUCGGCUGGGUUUCGCUGGGUCUCUGUCUGCAUGGGCUGAAUGCAGAAUUGAUUGCCCAUUUACACCCUCCGGUUCAAGAAUUUAUUAAUAGUACCUGUAUCUUUCCGUUUAUAUAUGAUGAUGUAAUCUACUACAAUUGCAUCUCGACACACAGUGACUAUGACUGGUGUUCUCUGGAUGAGAAAUUCCAAGGCAGGUGGCGGUACUGCACGGGGCAUGAUCCUCCCAAGUGUACCUUCCCAUUUAUCUACGGAAAAAAGCGAUUUAAACGUUGCACCAAACAGGGCUAUAUUUUGAAUCGGAGUUGGUGUUCACUGACAAGAAAUUACAACAGAGAUGGAAAAUGGAAGCAAUGCUCGCCGCAAAAGGCUAUUGGCGGCCUCGGCUCAGCCUGCGCGCACCGCAAGCGACGAUUCCAUCCCCAGUCCCAGGAGGCGACAGAAAUGCUCCCGCGCGACCCCCAGGAUGAGGCCCGGGGCACUCACAACAGCCGGACGUGGAACAAGCGCGGGCCCCGAUGA